CUCUCCUAGUAUAAAAAACUAUGAUGCCAUGGACAUGGAGACAAUCGAUCAUUGAUAGCGGGGAGAAAUAGUUCUGGUCAAGAGAUGGCUGCUGCUGAAGAAACUCAGAUUUCUCAAACAAAAUUGCAGCUUCCAAAAAACUAUGAAGCCAUUCUUGAAGAAGCAGACUCACAAAUUGAUAAAUCCUCCUCAGACAAGCUCUGUGAACAACUCUACUCCGGACUUUUCUUGAACCAAAAGAAAAAGAAAUUUUGGGUUGACAAGUUGACCCAGAAAAUUUUCUUUGUGUUGUUUGCAAAAUCUCUCUCAUACCUAAAACCAAACUGGAUUCUGCAACCUAUCUCAACCGCCUCUACCGACAGGCUUGAGGAGUUCAAAUUACAAGAAUCACACAGAUUAAUGAUCGAGGAGGUCAUUCUGCAAGAAUCAAAUAGUUUUGAGGUGAAAGGGAAAUUCAACAUGUGCAAACUUAGUCCUCUAACAUUUUACAAAGUUUCAUUUCUGAUAAAGAUGGAGAAGCAGGCUCAGGGAUGGGAAGAUCCUGUGAACCUGAGACUCGUCCACCCGGAUGGAAGAGAGGAAGAAUGUCGAGAGAUGUUGCAGGAAAGCCAAAAAAUAAAUGGAUGGAUGUUUUAGUUGGUACGUUUACAACGUUCAUCGAUGUUGGGGAGAUGGAGUUUUCUAUGUAUGAAUUCGGUAAGAGGAAGAAGAAAGGACUUGUCGCCUUUGUAUAGAAGCUUAAUUGGUAGCCAGCAAGCAG